AUGGAUCAGGCAAUAGUUAUUGACGAUGAUAUUGCUAUUAUCAUGAUUGAAGAUGACGACAGAGAUGAAGUGGUGAUUCUAGAACGAGCUCCCAGUAUGUCCCCAAUACACUUUUCCAACGCCGAAAUCAGAAAUCGAACUUCACGUCCAAAUACCAGAGAACAUUUCACUGGAUCAACCCUUAGAUCCCAGUUCGACAAUUCUCCUGCACCUGGCCAUUCAGUUAAUCUCCCUUCCAUUGACUUGACGACUGCUGUGGCUUCUCGUAGCACGAAACCCAAAGAGAGCAAUAGUCCUGGAGAUAGAGUUUGCAGUGUCUCUACUAGUCUUCCAGGCUUCAUAAUACAAGAAGAGGGGUACGAAUCGUCAAGGCCCUGGAAUAUCGCGGCUGAAGCGAGAACGGAUCAAGGAACAUCACAAGAUCGCAUUCGUCUCUCAAGACGUCGGGGUACCAAAGAAGGCACUUUCAGCCCUCGCAACGAAAUGGUUGCCAAUUCUCGGAACACGUCUCAUACUCAUUCUAUGCCUGAGCGUCGCUCUUCCAAUGCAAGUUUGAUGUCGAUUUCAGAUAAGGGGGGCGGAGACGAAGAGAAAACGUCUACUACCCAAGAUAUGACCUCGCACACAUUUGAUAACGCCGUUAUAAUCGAAGACAGCGACGACUUCGAAUUCAAGCUCGAAUCUCAACUCCUAGAGAAACCCGAGUUCGAGUUCUUGCGCUCUGUUAGUGUGAGUGAAAAGCCGAAACUUAAAGUCGUUCCAUUACGCAAUCCUCCAAUUGCCAGCCCUUAUUUCGAGUGCGAAACUUAUUUGUGUGGAAAGCACACCUUAAGGCCAGCGAAGACUGUAGAACUGGAGGAUGGCGAUUUUAUUUACAUUAAGCACAUUGUGAAGUACAUCAAGCCUGAAGACAUUCGUGGUCUUAGUCUUGACAACACCCAAAAUGCUUCCAUCACUAUUCGGGGAUUCCGAUUACAAAGAUGCAAGUACCUCAACGGCAUGCUGGAAAAGAAGAUGAAUGAAGUCUGUCUAUGUUACGAAAUUGACUUAGAUGACCCACGGGCACCAGAAGAGCAGAGUCUUGUCGAAGUACCUUUGAGCUCUGUGAAAACUCUACGUAGUCUUCGUUGGACAAAUUAUAGCUACCCAAAGUAUCGCAACCUGAAUCGUGAUGCUACCUGGACCGAUGGAGAUACAUACAUCAAAGGGGGGCUUACUGUGCGCUGGAAAUACACUUGUAAAUAUGUAUCAGCUUCAGCUAGAGAAAAGAACAUAUAUGCAGAGAGAACCCUAGAACGGAUCACCGAGGGAUGGUUGUCAUCAAUACAUCAAAGCACGCAAUCACAUCUAGCCUCAAGCAUUCAACUUCGAAUUGAAUGGCGUGGAGAAACGGUUCCUGGUGGUACUUAUAUACCAGAAUGCUACGAUGUUGAUGGAGAGGAAAAAGCGACCGAAGUCCAACAACCUCAAAAUCCUGCCGUGGUCGAGGAUACCGAAAGUCCUCCCGAAACAUUCAUAAUCGUCGACGAGGACGACGAUGAUGAUGAUGAUGAUGACGAUAGUGCUUCUUCACCUGCUAGGCCCCAACAAUAUGAGGCAGGUGUAGUUCAAACCAAACGCAAGUCAGAUUUCUCGUCCUCUUCAGAUCGAGAUAGUGACCAAGAAGACAACAAACCAGCAAAGAGAGCCCGCCAAGUUCCCGAGGACGAUAUCGAACAGAUUAGGCAGCGUCUGGGUCGGGUUAAGCUUACGUUCAACGGUAAAGAAUACGUGAAGCAGUCUUACAACAUCGGGACAUUGUCAGAGAUGGUUCUGAAGAGUGAACCUAAAAGCAAGCUGACCUCUACUCAACAAAUUCGUGAUACGAAUAGACCAGCUGGAGGCCUUCGAUCUAACAGAGGUGUUCGGCCAAGAUUGAGGGGUCGCUUAACUUUGCCGAGAAGAAGUGCCCUUAACUCUCGAGGUCCCUAUCCUGAGGCUAGUAUUCCACUGCCCUCCUGCCCAGCUCCAUCUCCAAAAAUUCCUCCUCACCUCGAGAUAUCUUCAUCCGAGUUAGCCUCUCCACCACCUAGCGGAAUUGUCGACCUAUCAUCUCACCAAUCCCGAGCUUCCUCAUUAAUUUCGGCUCACAGCUCAAGGCCGCCCUCACUCAAAGAAGCACUCGUUCUGGCUCCCGAACAAACCUUUACUUACGGCGAUGCAUUCUGUGGAGCAGGCGGUACCACACGUGGUGCAGUCAUGGCAGGCCUCCGCGUAAAAUGGGGUUUCGACUUCGAUCAGCACGCCUGCACAACCUGGCGUCUCAAUUUCCCCGGCGCGACUUGCUACGAGAUGUCAUCUGAACGCUUCGUUUCUCUAGCUACUUCUUCCCCGUAUUCUUCAGACAUCCCUAAUGACGUCAAAGUUGAUAUUCUUCAUCUUUCACCUCCGUGUCAAUAUUUUUCACCUGCGCAUACAGUCGAGGGAAAGAAUGAUGAGAUGAAUACUGCGAGUUUGUUUGCUGUAGCUGCCGUAAUCAAAGUUGCGAAACCCAGGAUUGUGACGUUGGAACAGACAUUUGGGAUUUUAUAUCCGAGGUUUAGAGGAUAUUUUUCGAGUCUGGUUUGUAUGUUUACUAGUUGUGGGUUUUCGUUAAGGUGGGCCAUCGUGCCUUUGGCUCAAUGGGGACUUCCGCAAAGACGGUUCCGUUUGAUUAUUAUCGCAUCAUGCCCUGGCGAGCCCCUCCCCCCUAUGCCACCACCAACACAUUUCCAAACCCCCUCUCCCCUCUCUCCUCUCCACAAAACCCGUCCUUUCAAAACCGUCUCCCAAACUCUCCGCGAAAUCCCCAAAUCCGCAGCAAACCACUCACCUCACCUUCUUCCAGAAAAAGAUCUCAAACCAUACAAUCCCCACGCGAUUCUUCCACGCACAAUGACUACCAGCGGUGGUGAUAACUGGCAUCCGAGCGGGAAACGAGGAUUUACUGAUCGAGAAUUCGCUUGUUUGCAAGGGUUCCCCUUAGAGCAUAAGUUCGGACAGAAUGGGAUUAAAAGACAGAUUGGGAAUGCGGUGCCGCCGGUUGUGGCGAAGGUGUUGUUUGAGGGAAUUAGAAGGUUCAUGGAGGGGACAGAUGGGGUUGUGAGGGAUGAGGGAGAUGAAAAUGGAGGUGAGAACGGUUAUGGGGAGGUGGACGAUAAGAUGGAUAUAUGCGAAGAUAUCGACAUGGACAGAGUGCACAUUGAGGAUAGUGAUGAUCGAGUAGAGAUCGUGGAUCUUGUUGACGAAUCGGACGAUAUGGAUUAG